AACCAUGACGGAAUUCCUGCCCCUCUGUGAUGUGCUGUUUAAUGUAAUCUCGCUGGCCGGUUACUUUUGUGACGUUGUGUUUGACGUGGUGCUAGGCUAUGCGCUGUACGAGCGGCAAAAGUUUGCCUACUUUGCAGCGGUCAUUGUGAUCGUAUCGUUUUCGCUCGUUAUUUCACAGAUCGUGUCCAUCCGAUGGUAUUUGAAUAAGCGAAAAAUACGCAAUGCUACAGCAUCGACCACCGGUCCGCCCGGUUCACAGGACGCGGAAGCGGCCCCAGACAGUACCAGCGGCAGUUUGGAAAAGAAGAAGAAAAAACCAAACAGCCUCACGGCGGCCAACGGACCGGGCGGUGGUAUUGGUGGUAGAACCGACGAUACCGCUGAAAGGACGGGCAGUGGAGCUUCCCGCACGUCCGAAUACAGCCGAUACAUCGUACUAGCGCUACACUUUACGCAGCUCGGAGUGCUCUGGCGGUAUGCGAAACUGUUCGUACCGGUCGAUUUGCGCCAUGUCAAGCACGAGGUACGCGAUCUCUGUAUGUUGCGGCUUGUGCACGCAUUCUGCGAAGCAGCACCAAUGCUACUGCUCCAGCUGUACGUGCUCGUUACACUGCAGAGUGAAGCGCAGCUGGCGGCAACACUGAAGCUAAAGACGCUCGGACACCAUCAUCAUCUGCCGGCCAGUACGGCACUUGUACAGCAAACGAAUUUAGCCGAACAGCAGCAGAAAACGUUCCGCGAUCUUAACAUGGUGUCGGCAACGCUGUCACUGUUUAGCGUGUGCUGGGCGCUAGCUAGCUUUAGCAAGAACGUUCGCCUGCAGAAUGUGCACCGGCUGGUGCUGACAUGGUUGGGUGUGAUCUUUCAAUUUCUGUGGCGCCUGGGAACGGUGAUAUCGCGUGUUAUAUCCCUGACGGUGUAUGCCUCGGUGUACAGUCACUGGGUGUUUUUGGUGAUAAUACUGCACUGGUUUUCAAUGUUUCUGUGGCUGAUUUCACCUAAGAACGUGUUUCAUGGAGAACGCAUUUCCCGGCUUAAGAAGACAACUCUUGGUGGGCUGAUUGCGUUCGUGUACAUCUUUGCGUAUAUAAACCUGCAAGAAGUGAGGCAUCGACAGAAAAUGCUAACAUUCUACGUAGUCAUGUUUGCGGAGAACUGUCUUCUCGUCUGCCUGUGGAUGGUCGGUGUGUGGCCCAAUCGUCCGGAAGGAUGGUACCUCGUACCGGUAUCGGUUUUAUGUAGCUUUGCCGCUGGACUCUUCUUUAUGGUCGUUUACUACCGCUACUUUCACGUGCGCCGUCUCGGUUAUGAAGCGGGAGGACGUAUUUCGGAGAAGUGUUCCGGACACUGUGGAACGGAUGGAUGCCGCUGUCUAGCGGGACAUGAGAACGGCAUGGAUGGAGUUGGUAUGAAUGGUGGUGGAGGUGGUUGCAAAGCGGGUGGAGGUAUGGGCGGAGGUUUGGGAGGUGGUGGAAUGAAUGGUGGAGGAGGUCAGAAGUAUCCACAUGCGAUACCGGGUGUGUUUAACUGUCGCUUCUCGAAUCCGGUAAAUGCAGCCACAAAGCGAAAAAAGAAAAAACCGACCACAUUUGUGCCACCGCCUAAUUUGGCAAUCGCUUCGCAAAACUCGACCGGUGCUGGGGGCGGUAUAAAUGAUCAUCCUAAUGUGACUAGCCAGUUUCUACAGCAUCAAGCACACCAGCAACAGCAACAAGCACAGCAACAGCAACAACAGCAACUACAGCAUCACCAACAUGCACAAUAUCUACAACAACAACCUUUGAUAUCACAUCAGCAGCAGCAGCAGGCGCAACAGCAACUACAGCAUCAGCAACAGCAGCAACAGUAUAUGGGCCCAAUGGCAAUACCUUUCUGGAGACGACCACUGCCACGCUCACAUACAGGUGGUUCGAGUGAGAAUGAAGGUAGUAGCGUGGGAUCGCGAGUUAACAUCCAGCAGAAGUUGCAGGAAAAGAAACAGAAACAGCUGGCCGAGCUGAAGAUCAUCGAGGAAGAGAUCAAGCAGGGUAAGCUGGGUGGUCCCGGUGGUACCGGUACCCUCAGCUCGGGCGAUGAUGGCAAAACCACGCUACCAAGGCAACCGAUCCCGCGGGCUAAGAAACACAUCGAUCUUGAUCCGAUCGAGUGGCGCACGUCUAGUCCGGAUAUGGCUGAAAUCGUUGCGAAUAAGUCCUUUAACGAUCUAAACUUGCUGCUAGCGGCCAACUUGGAUGAUGUUAAUAGUUUGAACAAAUUCAACAGCAAUUACGAUCCGAUCUACAACAGUUUCGGAUUAAACGGGAUCAACAUAUCGGCGUUAGUUAAUUUAAAAAGUGCUACUGGUGGAACGAGUGGUUUGGUAGAUACCGGUGGACAAUCUUCAUCCGUACCGGCAGUGGGGCCGGUGGUAGGUGCGGGCAAUCGCAACAUGUCACCAAUUUCUUCACAAAUCUCUGCCACCGAAAGUAAUUCGCUUACGCGCCAGGUGAUGCCCCGGUCGAAGAUUUUACCCAACAACAUUCCGCGCAAUCCGUUCGCUGAAAACUAUCGUGGAAAUUUUGUAAAUCUGUAUGCAGAUGCCGCUGCCAGUACGCCGGCCGGAUUGAUAAAUGGUGCUGCGAACGGCGGUAAUGGUGGGGGUGGGUCAGGUGUACGUGCCCCUUCUAUAAGUCCUCGCACGACUGAGAUUGCUCAAUCGAACCGGGCGAUCCUGUACGAUGCUCAUGGGCGACUGUACACCGAUGCGAACCACCCGAGGCAAGUGUCCGGAACGUACAGUAGUACCGAGAAUGCCGGUGCUGAAAAUCUUCCCUUCCCGUACAAUGUUGUGCCACCGCCACGAAGCAAGCUGGACAGUCGAGGAACACCCACCACACCGGUGCAGUCCGGAUCGGCUAGUGGUAGUGCGAACAAUACGAACAGUAGCAACAAGUCUGGACGCACUGCAACGACGGCAACGAUGGCAGCCAUUGUGGCGAGUGUUGGCGCGGGAGGAUCUUCAGGUGGCACGGUUGGGGCGGGCGGUGCAACCGGUGUGAUCAACAAUCUUAACAAUACCAAGCGCCAGAAUAUGCAACGCGCCAAAACACCGGAAAUACUGCUUGCGCCACACUAUCUGGAGAAUUCGAGGAUUUACUUUGAUUGGGUCGCACGAGAGGCGGCCAAUUUUAGAUUGCAAGAAUCGGAACGGGAUCAACCGAUGGAAAGCAGUGGAGAUGAAAAUUUGGAUAACUCUGGGUGUGACGAUGGACAUAAUGGACAUCAUCGGAUACCUUCGGACAUCGAUAGUCAGGUCUCAUUACCCCGCUCGUACACAUUGCCUCGCGAGUUUAAGUACUAUCGACGAAACAAGGGUCGAAAGGUGAAAAACGAACAUUUUAUCGCUAGCACCAACAGCAGCGAUGGUGACGUAGACAGUGGAGAUGAUAACGAAUCGGAGCGGCUAUCCAACCUGUCCUCUAGCUCGCAGCGACGGGUGAAGAAUGCUACACCCUGCACCAAUCUUUCUAACGGACAUCAUGUAUCGCCACUGCAGCAGCAGCAGCAUCAGCCGCAUCCCCAACAGCCACUUCCGCGCCAGAGGAUGAACAAUCUGAACAAAAGCGUUGCUCCUAACCAACCCUCGAUUAGUGCUUCGAUGGCGAUGAUGUAUGCAGGUGGUUCGGGAGGACAAUCACCAAGCGGUACGAUGCUACAUGCGAAUGGGCAAGCAAUACCACCGGUGACGACUUCUCGACAAACGUUGAAUGCAACGCCUCAAAAUCUUCACCAACCGCCUCUACCCCAGCAUGCUGCCGUUGCGCUAGCGAACGGCUACAAUUUAACGGGCAGUGGUGACCGAAGCAGUCCUGCUAUGCCGGCUGCUCUGCUUUCAGGCAGUGACGGUAGUCCGGUAGGAAUGCCAGGCAAACCAGGUGCGGUACAUAGUUUCGAUCUGAUUAGUGGUGUAGAAGCAGUAGGAGCCGCACUACCACCGUACCAUGCUGGAGGAGCAGUGGGCAAUGGUGGAGGCGUAGCACGACCGACCCGCUUCCGAAUGUACGGCACCAAGAAUGGUAUGGUGCGGCACGAAACUAAGCUCUAGGAAUAAAAGUA